AAUUCUCGAAUGCCUUAGUAAAGUUAGUCUGUAAAGAAAAUUUGCGAAGAUGAGUUGCCAACAGAGUUUCUGGUUGCUCUCAGUUUUACUGGUAAUUCUCUGUGCUCUCGGCGCCAGCACAGCGAGCGAUUCGUGUAAAGAUGCCUUCGAUACAGAGUAUUUACCGGCGAGUUGCAAUGAAGCAGUUCAUUUGACAGGGAAGAAAGCUAAAAGUGGCAUAUAUAAAAUACAAUUGCCUCCACAAUACGGCGAUGGUAAAGCGUUCUAUGUUCACUGUUUAUUGGAUCCAUCGGGUGGAGAAGCCUGGACACUAAUACAACUACGAAAAGACGAAUACAUGAAUUUUUCUCGUGGUUGGGAGGAGUACAAGAAGGGCUUCGGCAACUUGAAUAUGAAUUUCUUCAUGGGUCUCGAUAAAUUACAUGCAUUAACGGCCUCACAAUUGCACGAAUUAUGGAUCGAGUUGAGAGAUUUCGAGGGUAGUACAAAGUAUGCCAAGUACGACAGUUUUGCCAUUGCCGACGAAAGACAAAAAUAUGCUUUGAGUAUUUUAGGAGAAUAUUCGGGCACAGCAGGUGAUGCCAUGUUAAAAGUACAUGGUGGUGCCAAAUUCUCCACAUACGAUCAGGAUAAUGACGAACAUAUUGAUAAUGAUGUCAAUUGCGCAGAAGCAUAUAAAGGCGGUUGGUGGUAUGGCAAAUAUGAAUGCCUCCAUAGCAACUUAAAUGGACUAUAUCUUAAUGGUGUCACUAAAUCCUUUGCCGAUGGUAUAAUGUGGAAACCUUGGCACGGAGAUUACUACUCGAUGAAAUAUGUUCAUAUGGCAAUUAGACCAAAAGAACUACUCCACCAGAACAGAUCAGCUAAUUAGUAUUAGAUUAAAAUGAGAGUGUUAUGUGGCUAGAAAAUGUUUACCGAAAGUCAGUAGCUCUAAACAUCUAAUUUUAACUGUUAUGCUUUUUUGUUAUUACCGUGUUUCAGAUGGCAAGGCUACCUCGAACUAACGUCACCCGUAAAUGUCAUCAUUCGUCACCCCUUUGCUAGUACCACAGUUUCAUAUCAAUAAUAAAAGGCUUCUUAUGUCGAAGUACAUGUUUACUCUUUCGUUAAAAUACAGCGUUUGUUGAGACCUCUAAUCAGGCCUUGAUCUUAUUUUCAAAUUGAAAUACACGAUUGUAUGUAUUUGUAGCAAUAAAACAUUAAAGUAGAAUAA